AUGACCUCUCCCGCGAUGCCCAAUUACACCUCGGCGGGCAACUUGCAGGUCUUGCCGCCAAUCCAAACCGAAAGCUCGACAAAGCCAUCCCCGAGCGCCAGAGAUCGGCUGUCGACAUAUUCCAAUCUGUCGGUCGCCUCCCAGAACCGCUCACGGCCGGGCUCACAUGUCUUUCCCGUCUUCCACACCAGCCUUCCGUAUGCCCUCGUGCGAGACUUUGCAUACCCCUCCAUCCAUCCGUUACAUUAUGGACCGCCGCCGCUGCACGCGUCAAGAGCGUCGACACCCGCCAGCGAAUACCGGCCCAUGUCCGAUUCCACGGUCGCCUGGGACACCUCCAAGGGACCAUGGGCCACCACGGGGGGCUGGAACACGGAACCGACGCAGGGUCACCAACGGUUGCCCGCAAUGUCGUUUGGCGAUGGGCCCCCAUACAGUGAAGACGAAGACUUGCACAGUCCCGUCGUGACCUCGGCACGUCAACGGAAAAGGUCCACCGGGACUGAUCUCUACGGCGUGGCUGAUGAUCGGGGCGCGGCGCUCGGUGGGCACAUGGAUCGCGGAACCUUUGUGAGCCUGAACCCCGACGGCAGCGAAACCUACUAUGUGAACGGUGGAGGCGGGGUUGGCGAAGGCCCGGGCGGAGAAUACGUCACCUAUCCUGCACGGGAAGGAAGACAUUCCGUGGCGUACGGUGCUCGUCCCGGCUAUCAGCAAGAUCCCGGUUUUGACUCGGAGGACGAAUUCGUGCACGGGGAUCGAUUCUCGAAUGACUAUCAAUUUGCGGUGGGCUGUCCCGAUGAAGAGAUGCAUGGCAAGGCCGUCGCACUCUUUGACUUUGUUCGGGAGCAUGAAAAUGAGCUUCCUUUAACGGAGGGACAGGUCAUCUACGUCUCGUACCGUCAUGGCGAAGGCUGGCUGGUUGCCGAGGACCCCAAGACAGGCGAAAAUGGCCUGGUGCCCGAGCAGUUUGUUCGACUGCUUCGUGACAUCGAAGGCGGAUUGAAUUCAUUGAACGGGGAUGCCAAUUUUGACACUGUGGAAGGCAACCUGUCCCACGCCCACGAUACCAACCAGGGUGAUGAUGCUUCAACCCCAACUGGAGGCGAACGUGGAAAUGCGGUCGGUGGCGGUCGGUCACCAAAUUCGUCAGAACUCGCUGCAGAGUCGCACCCGACGGCAAAAGGGGCGAGAUCUGUGCAGGGACAGGGUAAAUGA